GGUUUACGCUUUGCUGGUGGGCGAGCAGACCAACCCACCAACUAACCUCAUCCCGACCCCGAGCCGCCGCCGGAGGAAUCGCCCGCCAUGGCGCCGCCGCCCGCCACCGCCACCGCCGCGGCGGCCGCCGCCGUCCGGCCGCACCGGAUCCUCCGCCGCGGCGGGGGCCUCCUCCUCCCCUCGCCGCCGUGCGCCGCCACGCUCCCCUUCGCCUCGCGGCGCCUCCGCCUCCCGCCGCCGCGGUUCUCGCUCUCGCCCGUCCCGAAGAGCCUCUCCGCCGCCUCCCACGUCCCCGUACGGUCUCUAUUCACCGGCAUCGUCGAGGAGGUCGGCCGCGUGCGCCGCCUCGGCCCGCCGCUCGCGCCGUCCGGCGGCGGCGGAGGCGGCGAGGCUCCCGGCCUGGACCUGGAGGUCGAGACGAAGAGCCUCCUCGCCGGGACGCAGCUCGGGGACAGCGUCGCGGUCGACGGCACCUGCCUCACCGUGGCGGCGAUCGACCCGGCCGCGUCCACGCUCACCUUCGGCGUCGCGCCGGAGACGCUCCGGCGGACGUCGCUGGGCGAGCGCGCCCCGGGCGACGGCGUCAACCUCGAGCGCGCGCUCACGCCGUCGUCCCGGAUGGGCGGGCACUUCGUGCAGGGCCACGUCGACGGGACCGGCGAGAUCGCUGCGUUCCGGCCCGACGGGGACUCGCUCUGGGUCACCGUGCGCGCGCCGCCGGAGAUCCUCAGGCUGCUCGUGCCCAAGGGCUUCGUCGCUGUCGACGGGACCAGCCUCACCGUCGUCAGCGUCGACGACGAGGGCGGGUGGUUCGACUUCAUGCUCGUGCGGUACACGCAGGACAACAUCGUGCUGCCGACCAAGAAGGUCGGCGACAAGGUGAACCUGGAGGCGGAUAUACUGGGGAAGUACGUCGAGAAGCUCCUUGCUGGGAGGGUGGAGGCCAUGGCGAAGGUGGAUUCUUGAGUAGCCAUUGUGGAGCUGCUGAAUUGCUCGUCACUCAAUAGCUGAUUAUUCUAUGCAGAGAUGGAGGACUUGGAUUUGAUGCCAAUGCCGAAUUGCCGGCUCAGGUUGGGUGCUAAGAGAGAUACGAAGGCACUUCACGAAUUUUACGCUUGAAGUUUUUGUUAUGACGUUUGGGAGAUGUUCAUUUGGUUGCUGCAACCUGCAACUGCAACAUGAGACUCUACUGCACCCUCUGCUGUUCGGUUGGUGAGGCCUGAGUGAGCUUUGUGAUUGGAAGUUGGAACAAUGGAAUAUAAGGCUUAGCUACCAUCGUACAACUCCCUUUCAAAUUGCAGCUGGCUGUGUAAACCCUUUCAUUGACUCCAGAAAAUAAGAUAGUGUUGGCUGUAGCCACAGUGUUUUUUUCC